GUUAGCAACGACCUGAUUACAACGAAGAAGUUAGAGUCACGAUUUUUGAAAGACAACUCUUACCGUUUUUUCACAACUAUAAAGCUGUGAAGUUUCCAAAUACCUUGGCAACGCCACUUAAACAGCCGAAGUUAUUACUUGAACGUUCAGGAAUGGUCCAUGAGAGUGUUGAGAUUAAGAAGCGGGGUGCCCAUGACUUCAUGGAAUACUACACCUAUGCCUGCACCCAACAGAAAACCAUCCCCCUCUCUAUUGUUAAACUCCAUCUCGACAAAGGCCUUUUAGACUUCAAUGGAGACAGGGUCAAGUUAACUGAUUGGCCUCCCAUCCUGGACUCUAUCUUUAUCAAUAGGCACCUUCACCAUAUUGCAAUUACUAGCACCUACCAGACAAGCCACACUUGUGCAGAUGCAGAUCGAAGGUACUACAAGCCAGUGUUCAGGAAGAAAAUUCCAUCUAUCCGUUCUAAAGACACGACAUUCAAGUUGUGCAAAGUGCUGAAGGAGUGUCUGUCCCUUUCUCCCAACCUGAAGACUUUAAAACUCAACGGACUCCAUCUGAGGGAAAGAGACCUUGUCAACUUGACACAGGGUGUAGCAAAAAGUGUUUCCUUGCAAUCUCUUUCCCUGGCACACUGUCCUCUCUCAGAUGACGGCUUGGAGGUCAUUUGCCAAAGUGUGAAGUACUCAACAAGAAUCAAAGAAAUCGAUUUCACAGGAUGCAAUAUCACAUGGAGAGGAGCUGAGCAUCUUGCUAACAUCAUCCAGCAUCAAGGAAUGCAGAGACAUGGCUCGGUAUGGGCACAAUCUUUGCGCUAUCAACAGCCAAAAUUGGAGGCCAUGGGGGGUCUCCGCCGCCUCACCCUCAACUGUAACACUUUGAUUGGGGACCUGGGUGCUACUCGUCUUGCGAGUGAGCUGGCCGAAGACCUUUGGCUGAAAGCUGUAGACCUGCAGAAAUGCGGCCUCUCUAAUCGAGGAGCUUGUCAUCUGCUGGAGGUGUUGAAGACAAAUUCCACUCUCUGCAUACUGGAUAUCCGGAAUAACCCUUUAGUUGACAAUGCCCUAAUUAAGACUAUAAUAGAGAAAGUACUCACAAAAGCUGAAGCACAGACACCAGAGUACUACUGGAUCACUCCUGCCACCAAAGAGCAACAGAAAACUGGUGCAUCUAAGAGACGAGUGCCGUCCAGGGCAUCCACAGAGAAAACAGCUUCUCAAAAAACAACUUCUGCUGAAGAUGAAGGCUCAGUUGUUGCUAAGCUUCAGCAACCCGCUUCCCGCUGCAGAAAUGCGCCUCGUCAUUCCGCCGCACGGGCUGGACGCCAGCGAGGUUUUCCUCCUGCAGAUGCAAAAGAGCACAGUUUGCAGUCAACGCAGCAAGGUCAGGCUGCGUCCAAUGUGAGGGUAACAUUUGCGUCUGAUUCGGAGGAAGAGGAGGACGGUGAUGAGGAAGAGGGCCCGGCAAUUAUGAUGAGGGAUCCAUCUAAUGAAAGCCAACAGGACAGCGGCAUUGCACGGCAAAUGGAUCGUAUGCAGAUGGCGCUACAGGAAUGUCGUUUGAGAUUGGGAGAGGAGCGCAGGGCCAGACUAAAAGCUGAGUCUUUAGUCAGAGAGUUUGAGUUGGAGAACGCUCGUCUCCGUGAUAAUAACAUCUCCCUGUCCAAGGCCCUCGCGACUGAGGGCUCGCCAGACCGCAGCGCCCUGGAAGACGAGGAUGUGCUGGAGAGCAUCGAGCGCUCGUUCGCCAAGUUCCACGCUUUCCUGGAUCUCGUCAAUGACGCUGGCCUAGGUCAGAUAGCAUCUAUGGCCGGCAUUGACAAGUCAGAUUUCUCGCCUUUGGGAAGACCGCAGCUCUCUUCCACUCUGGGACACGUGGGCCAACUGAAUGGAGUAGCAUCCGGUCAACGUCAUUCUCGUGAUAUUCAGGCCGCCAGGGUUAAUCCCAAUGACAUAAUGACUCCCAAAUCUCCGGCCUCAAACGGAAAACGUGAUCAUCGAGAUGGACUGCUCCACGUGACUGUCCAGCAGGAUGCCGGAGCACAGGUGGAUUUAAGUGUCAUAAGAGAACAAGAGCCAGAUCAAUUCUCUAAACCUGAAACCCAGUAUGACUCUGAUUCAGACCGCAGUUUAGCUAGCCAGCAAUCCCGUCGUGAAUAUUGUCACAAUCCGGGAAUUCGCCCGAGCUUUGUCCUCGGCGAUUCUCCUCAUCGUAAUGGCUUCAAUUCUAGUCACAGCGAUUCAUCCCAAGGCUGCAGAUUGAGCUCAGGCAAUAGCAUGAGAGACCUUGUAAGUUAUAAGGCACACUCUGGGUCAGAAGGGUCAGAGCAGAAGACAAGUCCUGACAUUCUGGAGGAGAUUACAUCGAUGGUGGCUUUAUAAGCAUACUCAAGCAGUGAAUAUUUGUAACGUGACAGAACCUUUGGCAGAUGUUUUUCAACUUUGAAGAAGUUACAAAUAGGCAUUUCAAUUGGACAAUCCUUGCCAACUGUUUUUUUUUUUUUUUUCUGGCAAAAUGCAUUAUUUUAAGUUUUGCUAUUGCUACUUUUUUAACAGCACUUUUUUACAGCAACAGUUGUGAACAUAUUCGAUAUAUUUAAACUACUUUCGGUUGUCAAAAGUGCUCACUACACAAAACUAGACAGAUUUGUAACAAAUAUUUGUUCAUAGAUCUUUUAGUCCUUUUCAUUAAAAACAAGCGUAAAAACAUGUUGCUUUUAUUUUGUUCAGUAUAAUUAGUUGAUAAGAUAUCUCAGUGGUAGAGCCGUCGUCUCCCACGCCAGAGGUUGGCGCGUCAAUCAUCAGACAUUGUGACAAUGUCAAAGUAUCCUUAAGUAAGUCAAUGAAGCUGCCUGGUGAUGUGUCAUCAGUAUGUGAAUUAGGAAUCAGUGACGCGCUUUGAGGAGUAGGGGUGUUUUGUCACAGUGUCAUGUGAUAGUCAAGCGUAAUACUACUUAGGUAACUCUUCCACAAAACAAUCUUGUCACUAUCAACAUAUGGUGAUCGUUUUGAUAAGUAAAUUACCUAAGACCCCGUACUUGUUUGUGUGUAAUAAGACUUAUCAAAGUCAUCGUUAUCAUAAAUGAGUACAAUGCCAGAUUCUACUUUGCACUUUUGGUCUCUGUAAGAAAACUGCUACUGCUUUAUGGCCGCCGUUGAUAUCUUGUUGCAUUGUGGCGUGAGAACAGUUUUUAAACAGCUGGGGCAACAGUAACCUAGACCUGGCACAUUAAAAAAAUAAAAUAAAUAUAUACUAUAUAUUUAGCCAAAACAUUUAUUGUCAUGACAGUUGAUAUCACAAUAAUGGACAGCAGUAUUUGUUAUAAAAUAUUUUGAAUAGUGGCAUGCAACAAAUAUAAAGCAUGAAGUUUAUUCUUUUCAGUGUUUAAAAGUAGCCUGACAGACUGUACAAUUUUUUUUAAAAAAUGCAAAUGUCCUUUCACAGCUAUUCAUGCAACACAAAUUAAGAUUUUAUGAUAUAAGAAAUCUGAAUUUGUUGAAAUUUUUCCCCAGCUAUUUUAAUUGGAAUCAAUGAGCCCUCCGUCUUGUUGAGAUAAAUACCUAGUGGCAUCAGGUCAGAUCUCUGAGGAACACCAUGAUUAAAUGGAAAUAAACCAUGCUGACUGUCUAGUACACAAAAUAUUUUGGGAGGGACGAAAUGAAGGAAUAAAUAGUGUAAAAACAUCAAAUAAUAUUGUAUUGAUGUUUCAUAAUUACAAAAUGUGAUAAAUCAGUAGCUUAAUUUUUGGCUUUGACAAAAAUCACCACUAUUUUGCGAAAUGUUAAUGUCAUGCUACGUAAGGCACCAGUAUAAUACGAUCGGUGUUUAAAUUUUAUUGCAUCCAGUCUGUGUCUUAACUGUAUUACAUUUAUUGACCGUUAUCGUUUGACAGCUACGAUAUUUAUAGUUGGCUGGAGAUACUGGUGAAAUAAAUCACUGUUCCUUAUCGUCUGGUGAUAAGACAUACGUUUGAUCAGCCUCUGUACAGUGUCACAUGGUAUUCGAAAACAUACCCAUGUUUUGAAUGAAUGCUGUCACUUUAACCUUCUGUAAGACCAUCCUGGCUGCCAGCCAUCCCGUGAGAAAUUCAAAUACCCCUCAUGUCACACUCUGUACUUUUAGCAAACGGUGAUGAAAUGAGAUGACCCUUUUUUCAGGGCGGUGUCCCCACCAUUGACCCGUGAGCUUGUACAGAAGCCGUACAGAAAAUAAAUGGAUGGAAAUUUACAACAUAAUGAUUAAAUAGUAUAAGAAAAAAAUAGUCAUGAGGAAAAUUGCAUGUUAUAGCAAGAAAAAGUAGGUCAAACUUUCUGCUCAAAACAAACUACAGAAAUUACAACAUAAUAUCCUGAUCUUUUUUUAUUCAGUCAAAAUAGUCAAUUGCUCUUGAAACAAUUCCCCAGAGUCUAUUAAUUUUACACCUAUCUAAUUGAGUAAUAGAGUUAUUCACGCUCGCAUUUAUGAACAAUUUAGUCUGACUCUUGAAUAAUCCUAAACUACAUGUUUUCUGAAUGUCAGAAGAUGGGGUGUACUCUAACAAUGCAAGCGUGGGGAGAAUGCUGCUGCCACACAUUGAGUUAGGACAUUAUUAGUUAGCAUGACUUGAGAUCUGGACUGUUUGCUAGUUCGUCACAUAAUAGAAAAUACAAAUCUCUAUAUAUUUCGAAUAUUCAAAUAAAACCACUGGGCCAAGUGAAUCAGCAUUGUCAACAUACAAUAACUUAUGGCUCCAAUUCAGAUCCUUGCGGGACACCGUAAUUAAGUGGGAAAUAGUACAUGUUUGAAUAGCCAAACAAAAAAGCAAUCCAAAAACAAAAUGCUUGUUGUUCCAUUGAUCAUUUAUUGCAUCACAGAGAUCAAUGAUUUCACAGGCAACAAAAAAAAAGUAAAACUGCACUACAGAGCGCAAUGAUUUCACAAGCAACAAAUAAAAAUGUAAAAAUUUUUACCCACACACAAAAACAUUUUUCCUUCAUCCAUCCAGAUAUUAAGACAACUAUAUGUGGCAUCAAUGAACAUUCCAGGAUAUUACAGACAGAAAAGUGCUAAACUGCUAGAGAAAUUUGCUAUCCAUUCAUCCGAAGCAACAAGGGGGUGCAAAUUUUCUCUCCAACAUGCCAAAAUGUGUGUCCAUUCAUGCAUUGCAUGGUAAUCAAAAGUAUUUGUCAAGCAGCGAGUGAUAAAGCCAUACUAAUGCAUGUGUGUCCUUUUGAACCUGCUUGCAGCUUAUUUAAAAAACGACCCAUGGUCACUACGUAUUUAAAAAGGGAACAACAAAAUCAAAGAAGCAAAAAAA